AUGGAGCUGUGGAGACAGCUGAGGCAGGCUGGACUGGUGCCCCCAGGGCUGGGUCCGCCCCCCAGGGCCCUGAGGGGUGUCCCCCCAUCAUGGAGAGCUGGCCAGACCCUCAUGUCCCCAGGGACAGACACUGACGGUGCCAGGGAGAGUCUGCUGUGGAUCUGGGAGGAGCUGGAGAACCUUCGAAGAGUGGAUGUCCAGCUGCUUGGCCAGCUGUGUAGCUUGGGGCUGGAGAUGGCGGUGCUGCGGGAGGAGCUGGUUGCUUUCCUGGAAGAGGAGGAGGAGGAGGAGGAAAUCUUCCUGGAAGAGGAGGAGGAUGAAGAGCCAGAGGGAAAGCAGGAGGAAGUACAUCUGGGGGCCUCCUGCCCAGCCUCAGGCCACCGGCUCCCCGACUUCGAGAUGACUAUCUGAGGCCCCGCCAGGGUGUUUCUCAUUGGCAUAUGGAACUUGAUGAAAAUUUAUGCAAAGAGGAGUGAUUUGAAGGUGAGAUCAACCUGCAAAGGUUCUGAAGAUGCCUGCAGUGCAAUUGGGGGACUGGCCUGGAGCUGUGGGCGUGUUUGAAGGUGGUGUGGGGAGUUUUCAGAAACACUGCAGGUGUGUUUGCAGGUGAGCUGCAGGAGUGCUGCAGGGGAGGUGUGGGCCUUGGCAAGUAGAAUGCUGAUGCUUGCGGAUGGGGUUUGAGGGCUCAUGUGGCUGUUGAGCACUUGGACUGGGCAGGCCCUAACGGAGGGGCGCUGUCAGUGUAACAAACAUGCUGGAUGCUACCUUUUCAAAGGCUUAGUAUGGCAAC